AUGAACCGUUUUGCUGUCGAUGCCAAUGCGAGCGGUGGUUGGGUUGCGAGGACCUUUGACCACAAGAGAGCUCAUGACACAAGCGUUAAAGACUGGGUGUUUGGAGCCGGUGGUCUCUUGGAGAUGCUCACUGUAGGGACGUGGGAUAAGCUACUGAGAUAUUCCACACCUCUCUUUCAGUUGGCAGAAGGUUUCUGCAGCUUAUUGGUCAUUCAGGCUGCCGGCCAGGUCACUAGAUGGCUGGUAAAUCGUGGGCGAAGCGAUACGUGGAUGAUUGGGCUUCUGGUCUUGUCUGCAUCCAUUAUUUCCAGCUCCGUCUAUUUCCUCUGGAGGAUCACCAACUUUCCCGAGAUCUCAAACGUGGACGCUCUACUUAUCGGAGCCACAGUCACCUGUGCUGUUUUCCUCUGCGCUUGGGGAAUAGGAAGUGGACGAGGAAACCCCGUGGAGAGCUCAUUGCUCUUUGCUUACGUGGUGCUGUGCAUCUAUCAAAUUUUCACGGAUUAUCUUCCAACGUCUGUACCAGAGACGGCGGCGCCCCCAGCACAACCAGAAUUUCCACCCUUUCCUCCAAUCAUCAUGGCCUCAUACUCCACUCUGGUAUACGUGCUAUCUACCCUACCUUCGGCGGUUCAUUCGGGCUUCACCUUCCUUUGGGCUGCUUUCCAGACGAUCACGCCGUCGGUCAUCAUAUCUCUUGCGUAUAGAACUUUUGUUUUCUAUGCCGCUACCCGCAUCAUUCCAGCCAUCAAUGCAUCGGGAGCUCGAGCAUUGUCGGAGGAGCCAAGCUUCGAUGAUAGUGAUGGAGCAAACCGCAUCAUGGGCUUAUUGAGCUGGUUUAGCCCCAGUAUUCUCGUUGCGGUCUAUACGAGCUUGCUGAUGCAACAUUUCUCUACGACGUCGGCGGAAGGAAAUGAUGUCGAAUGGUGGACCAUGCAGGGUGGGGACGCGGGCGGCAAUGUCUGGCGAUGGAUCAAUGUUGUAGCCACCAUGGCUCUAUAUGCUGUGGAGCUUUACAUUGGCAAAGAAGACCUCGAUGGGUCUCUCACAAGCCACUGGAAAACAGACUGA